AUGGGUAACCGAGGUGAGGCAGGGGCUGUCAACUUGGACAUGUUUUCAAUUCAGACAAUUAGGUGUGCAACAAGAGCUAAGGUGGUUGAACAGAAGGCAUUGGAGCAAAUUGAAAAAGGAGUUACUAGCUGCAAGGGACAUGUCGGACUAGAAAUUGCUAAUGCAUGUGUUAGAUCUGUGGAUCGCGUGAGCGACAAAGAGGCUGAGGAACGAGCUAGCGUUGUGACUCUAGUAGGAAAAAAAAAAAAAGUUAGGAGACGCAAACGAAAAAGAGUUGAUAGAUGGAUGGAAAUAGAAUUGGGAAGUUUUUUCAACGAUACAGGAGAUAAUGGAGAUGUUGAAGAGCGAUUGAUGGAGAUUACACGUCCCCAUGGAAAAGGUGGUCUUAUUGUUCAAGGAAUGGAGUUUAGACCAGAAUGA